CAAAAACUCCCACUUAAGUAUAGUGCAGCAUGACAUCAUGUAAUCAUCUAACUCUAUCGUUUAUUAUUCUACAUUGACAGGUCAAGCGAUAAAAAUAUGGGGUACAAUUAUACCGAGCAAGAAAACUUCCUAAUUUAGAAAUAACCUAAAAUUUCACAGCCUCUUGACGAAAUGUCGAUGCAACCUUAAUAAACUAUUUAAUGAACACAACAACCUAUAUAGACAGUAGACAUUAGAUAUUUAACUACUUAGUUAAAUAAUUAGUUACGUCGUUAUUUAGUUGGUUUAGGCUGUAGAGAAUGCUUUCAAUUGCUGGGCUCUACGCCAUUUUAGGUAUCCCCGUUAGACUAAUUAUUCUUAUCCUCAAGUAUCCGCUAGUUGGAGGAAUUGGUCGUAAAUUCAAACGUAACUUGACACAAUCAUUAAAAUUGCUUGUAUGUCGCUCAGGAUUAUUGGUCCCCAUCAGAGAUUGUCGGUAUAUCUGUAUCUACAGUAAUAAUUUCCUAUUAAAUAGGAUCAUUAAACUUGUUAAUCAUAGUUUGAUUAAAUCAUUACCGCACUUUGGUGAAAAGUAUGAUCAGAACUCUUUUUGGAUUGUUAAACAACCUGAUAGAAAGCCGGAUGAUCCGGUAAUUAUAUACCUCCAUGGUGGUGGUUACUACUUUGAAACCAUGCCUUCACAAAUUCAAUCGUUAAUAACAAUCUAUAAGUUAUUAGAUCCUGAAUUACAAUCUCGAGUAUCAAUAUUACACUUGGGAUAUAAAUUAGCCUGUCGAGGAUUUUCAAUUCCAUGUCAAUUACUUCAACUUCAUGAAACUUAUAAAAAACUUGCUAAUGAAGAUGGAGCAACUAAUAUUCUGUUUAUUGGAGAUUCUGCUGGAGGAAAUUUAGCUAUUGUAUAUCCUCAAUAUUUGAAAUUAAUAGCCAAUAAGCAAGAUUCAGAUAUACAACUUCCAUAUCCUAAGAAACUUGUAUUGGUAAGUCCCUGGACUAAAGUCAGACCUGAAGCACAACAAUAUGUUCCGGGGAAUUCAUACUAUGAUAAUAAUCCUCGUGAUAUGAUUAGAUAUGAAGCAUUUAGUGAUUUAGAUAGAUCUAAAUGUAUUGUAGGAACUUCUAAUGUUCAUUCAUUAUUGGUAUCACCAGGAAAUACUACUUUACAACGACAAGAUUGGAUUUCAGUUCCUACAUUUUCAUCACCUGAUUCGGAUGUAUUAGUUAUUGUAGGUGAAGAUGAAGUAUUUAGAGAUGAUGUAUUACUUUGGGGGAAAUAUGCCUUAGAUGUUCCCUUAUAUGAUGAUCAUAAAUAUGGAGAUUCAGAGGGGAAGAAUUUAGAUAAGAUGUGGUAUAUUCGAACUAAUGAUGGUAAAAGAGCAGGUGUUAGAUUCUAUGUAGAACCAUGGGGAGUUCAUGAUUCGACUUUCUUCUUUGAAACUCAUUUAAUUAAGAGAGUUAAUAACUUGAAAUUAAAUGAUGUAGAUACUCAAGAGUUUUAUGGGAUUUCAAGAAUAGCCCAAUUUUUAAAUGAUACGUUAAAAUAGAAGUAUAUAUUAAGAUUGUAAUAAGACAUUUAAAGAAUGAAAUGAGAAAG